UUACUCUGAAUGCCAGUCUGUCUCUGUAUACCUCACCGGUGAAACAGGAUACCCUGUGAUAUCUUGAGUUUGUGUAGCAGACUGAUUUUCAUCUUCUUCAUCAUGGUUGAGCAAUUUGUUGGAAACUGGACCCUGGCUUCCAGCGAUAACUUUGAUGAAUACAUGAAGGCAAUCGGUGUUGGCUUCGCCUCUCGACAAAUGGGCAACAUGGCAAAGCCAAACCUGGUGAUCAGCGUGGACGAUUCUGGCGUUAUUUCAAUGAAGUCUGAGACAACUUUCAAAACCACAGAGAUCAAGUUCAAGCUGAAUGAGGAGUUCGAGGAGACAACUGCGGACGGCAGAAAAACAAUGACAACCUUCACUCUGGAGAAUGGCAAAUUGGUGCAGCUCCAAGCGUGGGAGGGAAAGAAGACGACACUAGAACGAGAAAUUCAAGAUGGAAAACUAGCAGCGACAUGCACCAUGGAUGAUGUUGUUGCAGUGAGGACCUAUGAGAAGGGGGCUUAACUUGAUUAAACAUCAACAUUGGUGAGCCUGGCACCAUGAAGAAACCAAAUGCACUGAGCUUUUGCCAAACAUGCCAAUAAAGUCUGAACCGUGAUACUGAA